AAAUCUUUUAUCAGAUACACAGCUGUUGCACGGCGGUUGCACACAAAUAUCUGCACUCUCCAUUCCGAGUUAGAGCCGAAGAUUUAGUGCAAAACAGCGCAGGUGAACUUGCACUUGAACUCGGCUUUUAUAUUGUUUGCAACAAGUUCAGAAACUGCGUUACUUCAGAGGCACUCUGUGUGUGUGUGUGUGUGUGUGUGUGUUGAGUCCUGGGCCCGGACCCUUGUGUUUGCUGCAACUGGAAGGAGACUUGUUGCAAGGGACUCCCUGUUGCUGAUUUGCUGCCUUUGUGAGCGUCGGAAAGGGGGCAAGGUCUAGUUCAUUCCUCCGCCGGCUACAGUGUGAGCUGCAUGCAUGAAAGAGACUGCUGUAUGAACGCUUGGAUGAGCCAUGACACCGCUGGCUCCGCUCAAACCGGACUGCCUGCCGCCCGGAAGGGAUUAGAACCCAACUGAUUCAUGUUUUUUUUCCGAGGGUUUGUGAAUGCACCUUUAUUUGCGUAAUACUUUAUUGUUGUUGUUGUUUUUUUCCGAUGUUUCUGAUGCGCCAGCUCCAAAUAUGAGCGGAUAGCGCAGUUGUUGCGGAGGUUUGAGAGCUUCAAUGUAAGAGGGGGGGAAGAGAAUAAACCCUACCGCACUUUGUCCUCCGCUCCUGCCCGGCCGGAGCAACUUAUCGGGCUGUUUCUCAUCAAAUCCACAACUCCGUCCUGCCAUCCGGGGACCACAGGGCGCACACCGGGAAGAAGAUGGCAUCCAAACAAGCCUGGACUCAGAUCUUCAUCACACUGUCGUCCCUGUUCUCCCUGAGCCUGUGCAGCACCGCGGCAGAUGUCCCAGAGGAGGACGGCUUCAGUGCUGAGGCAUGGCUUCGCAAGUUCGGCUACCUGUCUCAGGCGAGCAGACAGAUGUCCACCAUGCAGUCGGCUCAGAUUCUGUCCAAAGCCAUCGCCGACAUGCAGCGCUUCUAUGGCCUAGAGGUGACGGGAGAGAUGGACCCCGCGACUGUCACGGCCAUGCGUCGGCCUCGCUGUGGACUCCCAGACAGGGAACCCGCGGAAAUGGAUGAAGGCACAAGGAAGAAACGCUACGCUCUCACAGGACAGCAGUGGGACAAAGACCACCUCACUUUCAGUAUAAUGAACCAGCACAUCCCCUCCUCCCUGGGCGUGGAGCGGACGUUCGACGCCAUCCGCAAGGCGUUUGACGUGUGGAGACGGGUCACGCCGCUCACCUUUGAGGAGUUACCUGCUGAAAGCAACAUCAACAUCAACAGCAGCCAGGCACAGCUCGCUGACAUCCUCUUGUUGUUUGCCUCUGGUUUCCAUGGUGAUAUGUCAUUGUUUGAUGGCGAGGGUGGGUCUCUGGCCCAUGCCUACUACCCUGGACCAGGAAUAGGUGGGGAUACACACUUUGACGCUGAUGAGCCUUGGACACUGGACAACCAAAACCCACAAGGCGUAGACCUCUUCCUGGUCGCGGUUCAUGAGCUUGGUCAUGCUUUGGGUCUGGAGCACUCUGAUAACCCCAGUGCCACAAUGGCUCCUUUCUACCAGUGGAGUCACACACACAACUUCACACUACAUGAGGAUGAUAUCAAAGGAAUACAGUACAUAUACGGUCCUCCUCUCGUCACUAAUGCUCCACCCACUUCUCCUCCCGCCCAUGACGACGAACCCAAAGAUGACUCCCCCACCUCCCCUCCUCCACCUCCCCCUGAAGAUAAACCCACCUCAAGUUCUCCUACCGACCCCCUGCCCGAAGCGCCCAACCCGACCGGCGACAGCCCUCGUCCCCCAGCCCGGCCGAGCCCCAGCCCCACUUCGCCUCCUGUCGUCCCCACCACCGGCUCCCAGCCUGAACCGGAACCUGUCACCCCUCACAUUAGAAAAGAUGUCCCCCCUCCUCCGCCUCCCCCUCGGCCCCCUGCUACUCCACGACCUCCCAAGCGUCCGGACAACCAGGCCCCCGAUAUCUGUGACGGGGACUUUGACACGGUGACCAUGCUGAGGGGCGAGAUGUUUGUUUUCAAGGGUCGCUGGUUCUGGCGUGUACGGAGGAACCGGGUCUUGGAUAACUACCCCAUGCCGAUCUCUGUCUUCUGGAUCGGCCUGCCUAGUGACAUCGACGCAGCCUACGAGCGCCACGAUGGCAAAUUUGUCUUCUUUAAAGAUGACAGAUACUGGGUGUUCAGGGAGGCUGACGUGCUGCCAGGAUACCCACAGCCCUUACACGAGUAUGGACAAGGAGUUCCUGCGCACAAGAUUGACACAGCAAUCUGGUGGGAGCCCAACGGAUACACAUACUUCUUCUCUGGAGACAGGUACUGGCGAUACAAUGAGGAGACCCGGACUACGGACCGUGACUUCCCCAAGCCAAACAGCAGAUGGGGCAAAAUCCCUGACGCCCCAAAAGGAGCCUUCCUCAGCGAUGACAGCGCUUACACCUAUUUCUACAAAGGCAGCAAUUACUGGAGGUUUAACAACCACAAGACAGAAGCAGACAAAGGCUACCCUCGCUCCAUCCUGAAGGAUUUCAUGGGCUGCGUGGCAGCGCCCGACCCUAAGCCCGACGCAGACGACACCGAACAGGAACCGAAAGACAAACCAGUCAUCCCUUCGGACCGAGGCAAAGAUGAGCACAAAGAGCCGGACAGUGGCCGGGACGAAGGCACAAACCCGGAGGAAGACCAAACAUCCAAGCCCGAAGAGAAGGACAAGGAGGUGAACAUGGUCGUGACGGUGGCCGACAACGAAUCAAAGGUCAUGACGCUGAUCAUGUUGAUCGUCCCUCUGGUGCUCAUCCUGUGCAUCCUCGUCCUAAUCUACGCCAUCCUCAGGACUCUGCAGAACAAAGAGACGCCGAGGGCCUUGGUGCACUGCAAACGUUCGUUGCAGGACUGGGUGUGAGGCACAGAAUUAGAAGAGAUAGAACGGGUAUUCAUCGUUUGUCUGGUACAGUCGUUGGAAGAAGCUUCGACAAAGUGCCGGUUUUAAGAAAACCGAGGAUGAGUCGCCGUUUCGAGCCCCAUUCAUUUUGUGAUAACUUUUUUAUUGCUCAUGUGAAAUAAUGCAAAAAGUGGUAAAGUCGCUGCCUGUGGAGCUACAGUUUCCCUCUCCUGGCCUUGAAGUUUUCCUUCUGUGCCUCCCUUUUGUGCCUUCCAAAUGUUUUAAAAAGUAGCUCUCUUCCUUAAAAUCACAUUUAAUCCAUCACAACAAUGAAAAAAAAGAGCCACAUGACACACUAGGAAUGUCCGUUUCUAUCAAUUCUAAUUGUACAGAGGAGGGACAGGGGAUUUAUUUGUAGUUUAAAUGCAGACAAAGUCGAUAAUGCACAUACAUCAUACAGAAGCACACACACUGUACAUACACACAAACAUGAGUGCUUAUAGCUAUGAAAACAAAUAUACAAAAACACGCAUUAAUAUGAGCAAGACUUCCUUAUGUUUGACUACGGUGCUUCAACCAACCUUCACAUUUGUCUUUGUUUAGAGCAGAUAAUUUGCACUUUUUGAUUCUGUUUAUUGUUGUCUUUUGUUUUUUGCUGAGGUUGCUUCAUUGCAGAUGUGUGUUUGCGUGUGUGUUUAUGUGCGUGCGUGCGUGCAAAGCAGAGCUCCCCCGUGCUUAUUAAACACACAGACUCUAGCAGAAUAAGCUCGUCCUCCGACCAGCGCAGGAAUGUCGGACAGCUGUGUGUGUCCGUGUCCCACCGAGCCCCUUAUGCCUUAAACUCUCUCACACACAUGCUCCAACGUCACAUGAUCUCUGAAAAAAAAAGAAACCCCCUGACCGCACUCAUUUGUGCAUGCAUGUCCACAUAUGCAGACACACACACACAUACACACACUAAGGCAUAGAGACCACUUACCCAAACAAAGGCACAGAGUUUCUUUGCGCACAGACACUCGGGCUCCAGCCUCCCCUCCUCCCACCACAGCCACGAUAACUGUUCAGACUGCACCACUAAAAACACAAUCCCAGCGGAUACAUAGUGAUAUACGACUGGUGCCAGGGUUGGGAUGAAAUACAAGGGGGCAAGGGGGGUUAUUCACAUUUAACGUGAAGAGAAGUGUUAUUGGUGGUGGUAUUUUACAAGUUCUGUCCAUCUCAACUCGACCAUAGCAACAGUAUCCGUCUUUCUAUGUCCCUGUUUCUUUCUGCAUGCUGAAGCUUAAGAGGGUCGAAGCUAAUUAAGUGUACAAGGAAGAAGCCUGUAGGCGAGAGAGGAAUGGGUCAGGGUCUGGUUUCCAUUAAGCCCACAUGCUGCUGAUUUAGUAGUGUCAGGCAUGAGGGGGGGUUGUGAAAAAA